GAGAGAGAGCGCGAGAGAGGGAGGCACAGAGAGCGGCGCCCGGAGAGGGGAUGAGGGAGGAUGGCAGCUGGAUACUCGCGCGUGUACCAGCCGAACGUGGAAGAUCGCGUCGUCGUCGCCGCGACGGAACGGCAGCAGGGACACGGGAAUAGGCGCGCGACAGGACUCCUCGACGCGUCCCGCUCCUGAAAACCAGAGAAAGAGAGAGAGAGAGGUUCAAACAACGAGAGUGCGAACACCGCUCCGGGAUUCUCGUUUCUUACACGUCCUCGGCAGCGAGCGCCGGCCAGAGAGAAGAGGAUUCGGCACCAUCGGCCGUCGGCCCGUCGCACGUGCGCAUUGAUGGCCGAUAGUGAAACUCCUUCCAGCUAGAGAUACAAAGCCGAAUCCGUCGAAUCCGCGAGAGUCCGCCGAGUUUUCUGUUCUCGGGGGGCAGCUGCGUGCGAAGAACAGGUGAAAAACGGGGCGCGCCAGGCGUCUGGGGGACCAGCGCGCCGACAGGGGGGACCGGAAACGGGGGGACCACGCGUCCGCAGUUCGAACGUCCGUCCGUCCGUCCCAGAGCGAGGACUACGAGGGUCCCCGUCGGUCCCUCGAUGGAACGCUGAGGCGCCGAGCCUCGUCGGCCGAGCGCGUUUCUACGCGGCUGUUCUCUGACGCGAGGAGAGGAAUCGGCGAUUAGUCGUACCAAUCGUGUGCUGUCUCGACAAUAGAGAAAGAAGGAGAGAGAAAGACAGAGAGAGAGAGAGAGAGAGUAAGAGAGAGACAGAGAGAGAUCGAAGGACGAGAUAGUGGGGGUAAUAUGCCUGGUAUACGAGAACGGUGCGAUCGUUUCGGGCGAGCAACAGCAGCACAUGCUACGGAGAUCCGUAUCAAUUCGCGACUGUGAUUUCUAAGCUUAAGGUUUAAACAAUUAAUUCAUGCAAGAAGAGGACCCUCGCCGAGUUAAGGGUCGGAGAGAGGAGGCGGAGGAGGAGGACGAGCCGGGACGAGCGCGAUCCGAUGACGCGGAUGAUCAUCACGCGGCGUACGACGACGGUGUGCGAGAACCCGCGGUAUAGAGAAGAGUUUCACGCCGUGAUCCCGUAAAAAAAGGAUAAAGAAAUCGUCCCAUUGUGAUACUAAGAUUAUUAUUUAACGCGAGAAGGAUCGCGAGAGGUCGACAGUGAGAACACGUGCGCUCCGCUCGAGGAGAUAUGGGUGUGAAUGAAAGGGGGCGCGACGACGACGUACAUACAACGCGCGGUGUGCUCGGAUGAAAUGCGAGUGUAAUUUAAUGGGAAAAACGAUGGUCGAUCGCGGGGCAUGCGUCCGAUCUACGAACUGUGAUACAUACGCCGAUAUGACGGUGAAUCGUCCGAUCGAGCAUCACUGACGGUCGACGAACGCGCGGCGGCACCAAAGAGGGUGUCCGAGAUCCAGGGGAACGCGCGAAUCCGGAUGGCUCCGGAUCACGUUCGAGGACGCCUCGUGAUACCUUUCCAGUGAGCAGAGCAGAGCCGAGCUCGGGCCCACGCUCUGAAUCCCGACCAGAGGCACUCGCGCUUCUUGGUAACCGGCCGACCGGCAGCCUUGCAUCACCGACGAAUGGACCGCGAUCACUGAGCCAAGGCCCAUCCGCGGGAGGGGACCGAUCGGUCCGAAGCGAUCCAGAGAAGCGGCAAGUGGAAGUGAAGUCGGGGACGAGAGGCGAUAAAAUUCGACAAAAAUCGCUCGGGGCGGGUUAGUGACCAGGGUGUUGUGUGCCACCCCCUGGCCACGGGGGGUGGGACAGAAAUACCGUCAGCGUGGGUGCCGGUGCUGCGGGGGCGCGCCUGGCCCGUCGGCUCGCCCGUCGAUUGGCACGCCGACUAGCGGCUAGCUCGGGCCCGUUUCGCCGGAACGGCCUGGCGACUUCGGGGGGCCUUACGUCGGCGGCGGUGGUCGUGGCGGCCACGGGGGAGCAGUCCGCUCCCCCAGCAGCUGCGCCACGCCAUACCACGCCGAACGGAAGCACGAGCGGAUCCAAUCCGAGCUCGAACCGCAAGAACAGAGCCAUGUCCAUGAGGAGUCUUCAUCGCCGCGUCUCUCACCCGGAGGGAGAGGGUGGCGGCGGUGGCGGCCGUUCUGUGACCAACGCUGGUGGGGGUGGAGGAGGAGGCGGAGGUCGACGGGCACCGAGUUUACGACUGGUGAACGGAAGAGCGACUACGGGGGUCAGUUUGCACACCAGCAGCACAGAAUCCGUUCGUUCACCCCAUCACCACCUCGGCCAGCAGCAGCAGCAGCAGCAGCAACAGCAGCAGCAACAGCAGCAGCAGCAGCAGCAGCAGCAGCAGGGCGGCAACAACAAUAACAAUAACAACAACAACAACCAUAAUAACAACAAUAACUGCCACGCCGGUAAUAACCCCGCCGCGAACAAUCAUCCACGGCUUAACAAAGAUGACAGCAUCAAGAUCAGCAUCGAGAACACGAACACUUGCACCGACAGCCUCGUCACUGCUCUAGACGACGAGACCUUGCUCAUCACUGAUUUCCCGGGCGACACAGGCAACGAGAUGAAUUACAAGGGCAGCGGGAAGGUCCACUUCGGAGUGGACGACGUGUCCCUCUAUGGGACGCCGAAGGAGGAGCCUGGUCCGGGUCUCCCGGGCCAGGAAGUCAAGCAGAGCUUCUUGAAGAAUCAGCUCCAGGCUCUGUUCCAGCCGACGGACAACAAGCUGGCCAUGAAGCUUUUCGGCAGCAAGAAGGCGCUGAUGAAGGAACGGAUCAGGCAAAAGGCUGCAGGUCACUGGGUCAUCCAUCCUUGCUCCAGUUUCCGAUUCUACUGGGACCUCUGCAUGCUCCUCCUGCUGGUAGCGAAUCUGAUAAUUCUGCCAGUCGCCAUUAGUUUUUUCAAUGACGACCUAAGCACUAGGUGGAUAGCCUUCAACUGCCUUUCCGACACGAUAUUCCUCAUAGACAUUGUCGUCAACUUCAGGACAGGUAUAAUGCAGCAGGACAAUGCCGAACAAGUGAUCCUAGACCCGAAGUUAAUCGCGAAACACUACCUCAGGACUUGGUUCUUUCUCGACCUCAUUUCCUCCAUACCACUAGACUACAUUUUCCUCAUAUUUAAUCAAUUUCAGGACUUUAGCGAGUCCUUCCAGAUCCUGCAUGCUGGCCGUGCUCUCAGGAUCCUCAGACUUGCGAAACUGUUGUCGCUCGUUAGGUUACUACGGUUGUCAAGACUGGUGCGGUAUGUCUCGCAAUGGGAAGAGGUCUAUAUCCCCCUUUAUCAACAGCCGGAGAGGCACUACGAGCGUCGGGCGACACCGCCCCAACCAGACCGAACGAGCAAGAUAUUGCAGAACCUACAAAAAAAACGCACUGAGCGGAGGGGGCGCCUAAGUUCUGACAAUAUGAGUAAAAAGAAGUCCGGUUUCAGCAAAAGCGACCUUAUUUUUAAGUUCCUGAAUAUGGCAUCGGUGUUCAUGCGGAUUUUUAACCUGAUUUGCAUGAUGCUCCUAAUCGGCCACUGGAGUGGCUGCCUGCAAUUCCUGGUUCCUAUGCUCCAAGGGUUUCCUAGUAACUCGUGGGUGGCCAUUAACGAGUUGCAAGACUCAUUCUGGCUGGAACAAUACUCAUGGGCCCUUUUCAAAGCUAUGUCGCACAUGCUCUGCAUAGGAUACGGAAGGUUUCCACCGCAGUCCUUGACCGACAUGUGGCUCACUAUGCUCAGUAUGAUCAGCGGUGCUACCUGUUAUGCACUUUUCCUUGGACAUGCGACGAAUCUCAUUCAAUCUCUUGAUUCCUCGAGAAGACAAUACCGCGAGAAGGUGAAACAAGUAGAGGAAUACAUGGCCUACCGGAAGUUACCACGGGAAAUGAGACAGAGGAUCACGGAGUACUUCGAGCACCGUUACCAGGGCAAAUUCUUCGACGAGGAAUUGAUUCUUGGAGAGUUGUCCGAGAAACUCAGAGAAGACGUGAUCAACUACAAUUGCAGAUCGUUGGUCGCGUCGGUGCCCUUCUUCGCCAAUGCCGAUUCGAACUUUGUCUCAGACGUGGUCACUAAGCUGAGAUACGAAGUCUUCCAACCAGGUGAUAUCAUCAUCAAGGAAGGUACGAUCGGCUCGAAAAUGUACUUCAUACAGGAAGGCAUAGUCGAUAUCGUAAUGGCGAACGGCGAAGUAGCGACCUCGCUGUCAGACGGCUCAUAUUUUGGCGAGAUUUGCCUGCUGACGAACGCGAGGAGGGUGGCCUCGGUCCGCGCGGAGACCUACUGCAAUCUCUUCAGCCUCUCGGUGGAUCAUUUCAACGCCGUAUUGGACCAGUAUCCGCUAAUGCGCAGAACGAUGGAAAGCGUUGCCGCCGAGAGGUAUAAGCUUUGGUUAAACAAAAUUGGUAAGAACCCAAACCUGGUUGCCCAUCGCGAGGAGGAUCUUGGCAGCGAAUCAAAAACGAUAAACGCCGUAGUAAAUGCGCUCGCGGAACAAGCUGCGCACGCCAGCGCCAGUGAAGAAUCGGUACACAGCAUGGAGCUGAGAACUCUUCCAGCUUGCCUGUUGCCCAGACCGAAGUCUGAGAACAAUUUCGCGAGCCAGGACUUCGCCAGGGAGGGACGGAAGAUCUUCCACAAAAGCGACACUUUCCACAAGGACUCGUAUCAAUGACGACACUCGCUUUACUAGCAUACGGAGAGAUACUAACGGCUCCAUGGGCGACAGUGGCCGCUCCACUGUCGACGGGAUCGUCGGCCACCGUUCCGGCCACGGAUUCUGGACGCUACUCUAGAAGCAGUCUAUAAAUAGAUAUACGCCAUGCCAGUAGUCCUCUAGCGAUCGGUUUCUAGCGCCUUCUUAUAUUAAUCUGAUGGCACGUUCGGUCCAGAAUCCGCGCGCGGAACCGCGCCGACCAACAGCAACAAAGAAAAAAAGAAACAGAAAAUCCCGACGCGCUCUCCAACGGCGGCACAGUUCGGAUUUUUCGGACACGUGGGAGCGUAGGGUGGCGCACAGCGCUCGAGCUCUCGAACAGCAAUAACAAAAGGGAAACAGGAGGACAGAGAACUAACGACGAGCCAGCCGCGCGUCGGACGCGGGAAGGGAACGUUGAAGGCGCGCGACACGUCGGCUGGGACAGGGCCGAGGGAACUGACGCCUUUGGAACGAAUCGAACGAGAAGCCCGAUCCAAGGAGCGGCUGUGUCGCUGAUUGGAGAACACGGAGCCGUUUCCUGCCGCGAGUCUCUUCAUCGAGCAAAUCAAAUCGGUCGGAGCGCCGAUGCGGCACCCAGCGAGAAACGCAGGGCGCGACGACGGACGAAGAUCUUAACGACGACGAAGAGCAGGCCUAGAAUCAUCUUUAGAGCGUAUUAACUACGUAUAAAUCCUAAUUAACGGAACCGCGGGGUGUAACGAUGCGUCGCGGACACUUUGUGAUCCCACGGGAGUCGACGGGUUUUACACUUUGAACUUUGGUCCGCGGAGGCGUCGAACGGCAAGCAGGGCUAAGAAAGAGAGCGAGAGAGAGAGAGAGAGAAAGAUAGAGAAAGAGAGAAAAUAUGUGUGCGUGUGUGUAUAUGCGUGCGUGCGUGUGCGAGAAAGAGAGUGCGAAACACGUUUCGAGAGCGCGAAGAGUAUAGGAGGGUUUCUCGUUUGUUUUUCUCUUGAUUUAAGGAAUAAAGAAACACUAACCGUAGAGGAGAACGUACUCGUUACGACAGAGGAUCAUUUCCGUUAUUAUGUUCGUUAACCGUAGCUUCGUAACACGAUUAAUGCCCGUGCUGUAGGCGAUCGAUGGGGAGCCAGCGAAGACGGCGAGGAGAGCGAAGAUGGCGGGCGAGGGCGCCACGGGGAGGGUGCAGAACUUGGCGAAACAAGAGGAAUCCACUUGGUUUCGGGAGACUCGCUACUUUCGGUGUAGCUCCUCGUUUUAGUUUUCUAUGAACGCGCGUUCAAUCGCUUCGGUGUGGAGCUUCGGUGAUCAAGCUGUGCAAGGUGACGCGGAAACGUUGUGCGCGAGCGAGACAGAGAGAAAGGGAAAGAAAGAGAGAGCGAGAGAGAGAGAGAGAGAAUUGUGAGAAGAUAGUGGAGAUUAGAAAGACCGUCCUGAAACGCGAAACAAGAGAGAGAGAGAGAGAGAGAGAGAGAGAUCCAAUAAUCCACGCGAAAAAGAAAGGAGCAUAGAAGGUACGGUGAAUUUCCAGGGGGUUUACGGGGGGGAGGGGGUUGGGUCACACACAAGGGUGCGAAUGAUGAGGUCGUUCUACUAUUAUUAUAGCAAAACAAUGAAACAAAAAAAAAAGUUGAAACAAAAGUCUAAUCGAAGGCCCAAAGGCUGUGUUAACUUGUUGAGAGUUCUUUGGGCUGCCAGGACUAAAACGUCAAUGAAUGAACAAACAAAUAAACGUACAUACAAACAAACAAACAAACAAACAAACAAGCAAACAAAAAGAAAAAAAAGAGAAAAUAAGAAAUAAUAACAAAGAGAAUAAUAAAAGUACGUGUUUAAGUGGAACGCGGGGGAAGUACCUUUUUAUUGGGGGCGACAGACGACGCGAUUGUACUAUAAGAGACAAAAAGCUAUAAAUAUUAUGUAAUAAAUUAUUAUUAUUAUUAUUAUUACCAUUAUUAUUACUAUUAUUAUCAUUAUUAUUAUUAUUAUUAUUAUUGUUAUUAUUGUUACGAUUAUCAUUGCAAUGAUUACUACAUCCACUACCGCAUAAAGAGGAGAAAUAAAUAAAUAAAAUAAA